CUCAUUCAAGGUACCGGACGUGAUUAUAACUGAUUCAAUUGUUCAAGAUCAUGGCAAGCAUGUCUGAUGACAGUUCCAUACCGGAAUCCGGUACAACUACUGUGAUAUCAAAACGUCCAUUAUUUGUGGUAAAGAAAUUACACAACGAGAUUUACAUCACCUAUCGUGUACCUUUAUGUGUUUAUUUUCAGCGUGCGACACAUUUACUUCGUUGGCAGUUAUCUAGGUUUCCCGACCUCUGUUCGUCACGUUUCCUUCGUGACUACCAUGCUAAUAAGCAGACUGGUGUUUUGGGUAACCGUGCCAAGUUAUUAUCGCAAUUCGAGGAUCUUUCUAAUGAAAAGUGUGACGUAUCUUCGGUGUAUAAUGCUCUUUCCAAGCGUCCAGAACGUCAAUGCGGCUCUGGUGUGAUUCUUUAUGGCACAGGUCGUUGUGUAACCCGUGCUCUUUACUUAUUGCAAGACAUUUACAGCUACGUGAAGGAUAUAUACAUGGAAGCCCAUGAACGUAUACGUGGUCGUCCGGUAAGAGUAUUAUGUGCUGAAUGUUCGGGUACAGUGGUUUCCGCUGACGGUGAGCGUAUGAAGCACGGUAUUGGCGAUAGCUGCAUCGGGUGUUAUACGGCUACCAAUAAAGCUUUAGAGGAUAUUGUAAAGCGUAUUUUAAAAGUUGAGAUCACUACAGGUUCGGUAUCAUGUUAUGAUGACGUCUACAAAUGCACUUUGGAUGAAGGAGCGUCUACUUCGGGUACAGAUUUUUAUAAUCCGUUGCAAUAUUCUGCUGCCAAUGUUGAGUUAUCAGGGCGCGAGCGUUUGAUAUCUUCUAUCCGGAUAUCAAUUUAUGUUGCCGUUAAGUGAUCCGUGUGGCCUCAUAGAUACUUGAUACUGUUUGUACUUUAUUUUAAUUU